AAGUCUAAUCCACGUUAAAACGUAACCUUACUCUAUCUCAUUUCCAAACAUUAUCACAAGCAUUAUAUGGGUAUUUUGAUUUCCAUAUUAUAAUUCACAUAUGUAUGAUUGAGUGAUAAAAAUGUGAAAUAGUGAUAAUAAAUGUAAAGAAUUGUAGAAUAUCAUAUUGUGUCUCAAAACGAAAAACAGAAAUCUAUAAAUUGGAAGAAAAAACAGUUCAUUGAGGUUAGACGAAAAAUAUAAAAAGCAGCUUAUUGAGAAAAAUUAUAUGGAAAUAAAGUGUGAUUGUAUUGCAAAUAAUAAAAUACAAUAAGAGAAGAGAAUCAGCUCCAAGAAUUUAUUUACUUCUCGUGAAAAUUCUCACAAGUCAGCAUGACUGCUCCAAUCAGCACAGCCAUGGAUAGUUUGAGUGCUGCUCUAAAAUCCAACAUAAUCCCCAACCAGGAAUAUUUGCUACAAGGUUCUGUACUAGAUAAUUCAGUAGAAGUCUUAUUGCAUAGACUUCGUGGUUUAUGCGACAAUGUGGACACUGGACCAGAACACUACUAUGAUCAUGAGAUGUGUUUUAGUAUUCGAAGAGGCUCACCGCAGGAACAACCACUGCUACUGCGAGUACGACGUGCUCUAGAUCCGAUUCAUGCAGAUAUGCCAUGGCAAUUACGAUAUAUUGGCCAACCUGAACUAGGUGAUAAAUCUCGGCCAACAGUUGUACGCAGUAGCAUUGAUAUAGCAACUAGUAAUACUGUGGUAGAGUUUCUUACCGAGCUUGGCUGUAAGCUGGACUUUGAAUAUGUUACUCGUGGUUACAUGUUCCGUAAAGGUAGAAUGAAGGUUACAGUAUCGAAGAUUUUCAAGGUGAACCAAGGUAAGAUGCCAGAAGGUACGUCAGAGAUGAUAUCGCAGAGUUAUUUGGUGGAGCUGAGUGUAUUAGCUCCCAGUGGACAAGAUGCCAUAGCAGAGGACAUGAGGGUAUUUGCUGAGCAGCUACGACCUUUGGUGCAACUGGAAAAGAUAGAUUAUAAGAGACUGGUCCAUUAGUCGUAGGGUUUUCUAAUAUUAUAGAGUAUAGAGUAUAAUUUAUUAAAGAUUCUGUAUUCAUUAUGAAUCUUCUUAAUAAAACUUAAUAAAAAAUGUA